CUGUGAAAUCUGUGGGCCUGUUUCUAUUCUGGUAAAUCUGUGCCCUUCUCAAUAAUAUCAAUGAUGAGUCUAUGGACGGUGAUGUACAGCGCGAUCCGGCGUGCCCAUAUACUGGCCAGAAAGAGAACCAUAGUGCAGCCAUCAUACCAACAUGCCGCGCCGGUAUUUGAUCUGCAACGGUCAUGUCAUGGAAAAUUAUAUGAAAUGGCCCCUGCGAACAGCAGCAAGUACAUGCCCACGGCCAAGCAGGUAUUCUUCAAGUCAGUAAAAUAUGACACCAGCACUUCUGGGACACUAUUGGAUUGGCAAAAACAAUCGGACAUUGAUAAACACAUGAGCAAGGAUCCUUGUCGGCUGAUGACCAAAGAGCCCGGUAAGCAGCCAGCCGAGGAUCCUUGUGAGCAGUUUAAGCGAAUGCGUUUAAAAAACGAUCCGAAACAAUGUCCGCCCAGUGGAUCAGCAGCUCCAGACGGUGGUGAUGGCUGCAACGGUAAGGAUAGUGGAGACCCAAACAAAUCUCUGAAAUUAACAUGCCUAUUGGGUGCCUUGGCCGCAAUGGUGGCUGGUGGACUGAUUGCCUGGUUUCUGGCGAGUACAAAAAACGACGAUAACAAAGGAGCCGGCGGUGGGAGUGACGGUGACAAUAAUUCGGCAGACGCUAAACGCGGCGUAUCAGGACUUGUAACAAGUCCCGACAGCUCUGAGAAGCUACCCAAACAUGUGCCUUAUUUGAUCAUUGGCGGUGGCACAGCCGCCUUCUCUGCCUUCCGUUCCAUCAAGUCGAACGAUGCCAAGGCCAAGGUCCUGAUUGUUAGUAAUGAAUACCACAAGCCCUAUAUGCGUCCACCCCUAUCCAAGGAACUGUGGUAUACGCCCAAUACCAACGAAAAAACCAACAAGGAUUACCGCUUUAAACAAUGGGCUGGCUCCGAAAGAAGCUUGUUCUUUGAACCGGAUGAGUUUUUUGUGGAUCCCGAAAAGCUUGAGGAGAGUGUAAAUGGUGGUAUAGCCGUCGCACAAGGAUUCUCAGUGCAGAAGGUGGAUGCCCAGAAUCACACUGUGACAUUGAACGACGGCUAUAAGAUCACUUACGAUGAGUGCCUCAUUGCUACGGGCUGUGCCCCCAAAAAUCUGCCCAUGUUCCGGGACGCAGCGCCCAGCGUGCGCGAGAAGGUGAUGGUGUAUCGCACACCCGAUGACUUUGAUCGCCUGCUACGCUAUGCCGCCGAGAAGCGUUCGAUUACGAUUGUGGGAAAUGGAUUCAUUGGCAGCGAGCUGGCCUGCUCUCUGGCCCACUACUCGAAGGAGAAUGACGGUGGCAAGAUCUAUCAGGUCUUCCAGGAGAGCGGCAACAUGUCCAAGGUCCUCCCCAACUAUCUGAGUCGCUGGACCAUGGCGAAGAUGAAGAAUCAGGGUGUGUGCGUCAUCCCGAAUGCCAGCAUCAAGUCGGCCACCAGAGACGAGGAGUCGCUCAAAUUGGAACUGAACAAUGGCAUGACACUGCUAUCCGAUAUUGUGGUGGUAUGUGUGGGCUGUUCGCCCAACACAAAUCUAGCGUCGCCCAGCAAACUGGAGGUGGAUCGCACCCUGGGCGGUUUUGUGGUCAAUGCAGAACUGGAGGCACGCCGGAAUCUGUAUGUGGCUGGCGAUGCUUCUUGCUUUUAUGAUCCUUUGUUGGGCCGGCGACGAGUUGAACAUCAUGAUCAUUCGGUGGUCUCUGGCAAAUUGGCAGGAGAGAAUAUGACAGGAGCAAAGAAACCCUAUGUGCAUCAGAGCAUGUUCUGGUCAGAUUUGGGUCCUGAAAUUGGCUACGAGGGCAUUGGCUUGGCUGACUCUUCUCUUCCCACCGUGGGCAUCUUUGCCCUGCCCUCAGCAACCGACGCACGAUCGAGCACAGACAACUUGACCGUAAAUCGAGAGGAAGACGAUGGCAGCAAGCAUACGAUUAUAGUUGAUGAAAAAUCAAAUUCAGAUGUGGUCACCUGGGAUGAUGAUGCCCAUGGUGAGCAGCCGGACUACGGCCGGGGUGUGAUCUUCUAUUUAAAGAAUGAAAAGAUUGUUGGCGUUCUCAUGUGGAACCUCUUUAGCCGCGUAGGCUUAGCUAGGACGAUAAUUAAUCAAAAUAAGAAGUACGAUGACCUCAAUGAGGUCGCCAAGUUGUUUGAAAUCCACUCUUAGUAGUGGAUCUUCCUCCCAUUACCACCACCCCAUUUUUCGUUUUUUUUGAAUCCCGCUUUAGUCAAUCACUCGUCGAAUAACGUAUAUGCACAUAGAUGAUGACCAUAUAGAUAAAUAUCUUACGAACGUAUAUGUAAGUGAUAUGACGAGGACAUGUGUUGAACUUUUGUGUGUGUUUUCCAUAAUAAAUUAUCCUUUAAAAUGUUA